CUAAGGCAAUUAAAAAAGAGGCUGGCAGAAAAUAAGGUGGCUAGAUACUAUCGCUGAUGACACAGGUGUGAACUUGUAAGAACUCAGAAAAGUGGUUACUGACAAACAGUUUUGGGGAAAUGAUGUCCAUCAGAUUACGGAUAGCCGGAAGCCACUGAAUGAUUGGAGCACAACAAGAAAUGCCUUGUCCUCUGUUUCUGUCCUGUGCCUAUGCCGGCUCAAUAUCCCAUGUUGGGGGUUCAUAAUAUAAAGAGUCAUAUGGGACAACAUUUCACUAAUGAGGAAGGAGAACAAGUUGAGAUUGAUGUGGCUGAAUUGCAGGAAUGGUAUAAGAAGUUUGUAAUAGAAUGUCCAAGUGGGACUCUCUUCAUGCAUGAAUUCAAACGAUUCUUUGGGGUUCAUGAUAAUCAAGAAGCAGCAGAUUAUGUGGAAAACAUGUUCAAAGCUUUUGAUAAGAAUGGGGAUAAUACCAUUGACUUUCUAGAAUAUGUGGCUGCUUUGAAUCUGGUUUUGCGAGGGAAACUGGAACAUAAGCUGAGAUGGACGUUCAAAAUGUAUGAUAAAGAUGGAAAUGGCUGCAUAGAUAAACCCGAGCUCCUAGAAAUAGUUGAGGCUAUUUAUAGGCUUAAGCAAGCAUACAAAUCUGAUGAAGAAAGAGCUGUUCCCAGUCUCACUCCAGAAGAAGUUGUGGAAAGAAUAUUUGAACUGGUAGAUGAGAAUGGAGAUGGGCAAUUAUCUCUGGAUGAAUUCCUAGCUGGAGCACAGAAAGAUAAGUGGGUGAUGAAGAUGCUGCAAAUCGAUGUAAGCCCAGGUGGAUGGAUUGCAAAGCAGAGAAGAAAAAGUGCACUGUUCUAAUCACUGUUGGUGCUACUUUAAAAGUUUGAUGAGAAAAAAGCAUCCCCUGUCCUUCACUCUAUUUUUCCUUGAUAGCAGCAUGCUCAGCAGCAGGGGGGGAAACCCUCUAAUGCUGCCCUUUUAAUUAUUCUGCAGUGCAGCUGGGCCACAGCCAUGGGACAAUGUUAUGUCAUGGUGAUUUGGAAAGAUUCAACAACAACAACAACAACAACACCUGAAAUGCAGUGGUUAGGACUACAUGGGUAGCUGUAGCUGAUUUUGGGCUAUUGAUAGGGUUGGCAAAAGGCCCAACCCAAAGACUCAGGCUAUUAGCAACUACCCCAUGUUGCUUAUUUCUGAUCCCAGACUUAGUCUGGGUUAGAAAAAGAUGGUGCUUAAAAUCAUGUCUGGGUUGUCAUAUUUCUUACUGCAAGGUGGUAUUACAUGAUUG